AUGGAGCAAGAACCACAAAAUGGAGAACCUUCUGAAAUUAAGAUCAUCAAGGAAGCAUACACAAAGGCCUUUUUAUUUGUUAAUAAAGGACUAAAUACAGAUGAAUUAGGUCAGAAGGAAGAAGCAAAGAACUACUAUAAGCAAGGAAUAGGACACCUGCUCAGGGGAAUCAGCAUUUCAUCCACAGAGCCUGAACACACUGGUCCUGGUUGGGAAUCUGCUAGACAGAUGCAACAGAAAAUGAAAGAAACACUACAGAAUGUACGUACCAGAUUGGAAAUUCUGGAGAAGGGUCUUGCCACUUCUCUACGGAAUGAUCUCCAGGAGGUGCCCAAGUUAUAUCCAGAAUUUCCGCCUAAAGACAUACCUGAAAAGUCACCAGAGCCUCACUCCUUUAGUUCACUUUCUCAGCACACUGAAGUAAAUGGAAGCACUUCAACAAGUCCAGGGUUGGUUUCUGCAUCUAGUUCUUUAUCCUUACCAUCUCAGAGUCAUCCAGCAGAAGCACCUCCUGCUUAUACUCCUCAGGCUGCUGAGGGUCAUUAUACUGUAUCCUAUGGGACAGAAUCUGGGGAAUUUUCAUCAGUUGGAGAAGACUUUUAUAGGAAUCAUUCUCAACCACCUCCUCUUGAGACCUUAGGGCUAGAUGCAGAUGAGUUGAUUUUGAUACCAAAUGGAGUACAGAUUUUUUUUGUAAAUCCUGCAGGGGAGGUUAGUGCACCUUCGUAUCCAGGGUAUCUUCGAAUUGUGAGGUUCUUGGAUAAUUCUCUUGAUACAGUUCUAAACCGUCCUCCUGGGUUUCUUCAGGUUUGUGACUGGUUGUAUCCUCUAGUUCCUGAUAGAUCUCCAGUUCUUAAAUGUACUGUGGGAGCCUACAUGUUUCCUGAUACCAUGUUACAAGCGUCAGGAUGCUUUGUGGGGGUUGUCUUGUCUUCUGAAUUACCAGAAGAUGAUAGAGAACUCUUCGAGGAUUUAUUAAGACAGAUGUCUGACCUUCGGCUUCAGGCCAACUGGAACCGGGCAGAAGGAGAAAAUGAAUUCCAAAUCCCUGGAAGAGCAAGACGUUCCUCUGACCAGUUGAAAGAAGCCAGUGGCACUGAUGUGAGACAGUUGGGUCCUUCAUUGGACCAAGACAAUAAGGACGUGCGUCAUAAAGGAAAACGGGGGAAAAAAACCAAAGAUACUCCAAAUGAAGAAGUUAAUUUGAGUCACAUUGUACCCUAUGAGCCAGGUUCAGAAGACAAAGCAAAGGAAUUACCCGAAUGGAGUGAGAAAGUGGCUCAAAAUAUUUUGUCAGGUGCUUCCUGGGUGAGCUGGGGUUUGGUCAAAGGUGCUGAAUUUACUGGAAAAGCAAUCCAGAAAGGCGCUUCUAAACUCCGUGAACGGAUUCAACCAGAAGAAAAACCAGUGGAAGUUAGUCCAGCUGUGACCAGAGGACUUUAUAUAGCAAAGCAGGCUACAGGAGGAGCAGCAAAAGUCAGUCAGUUCCUGGUUGAUGGAGUUUGCACUGUAGCAAAUUGUGUUGGAAAGGAACUAGCUCCACACGUGAAGAAGCAUGGAAGCAAACUUGUUCCAGAAUCUCUUAAAAAAGACAGAAAUGGGAAGUCUCCUCUGGAUGGUGCUAUGGUCGUAGCAGCAAGUAGUGUUCAAGGAUUUUCAACUGUCUGGCAGGGAUUGGAAUGUGCAGCUAAAUGUAUUGUUAACAAUGUUUCAGCAGAAACUGUACAAACUGUCAGAUACAAAUACGGACAUACUGCAGGAGAAGCUACACAUGAUGCAGUAGAUUCUGCCAUCAAUGUUGGUGUAACUGCCUAUAAUAUUGACAACAUUGGUAUCAAAGCAAUGGUGAAGAAAACAGCAAAACAAACAGGACAAACCCUCCUUGAAGACUAUAAAAUAGUUGAUAAUUCUAAGGGGGGACAUCAAGAAGGAAGAGCAAAUGUAAACAUGAAAAGGGAGAAAGGUGAGCAGACAGAGGAACGAGAGAAGAAUGAGGCAAAGAAGAAAGAAAAAUGA